UAAUACAAACAACUGAAUCUGAAAAGGAAUAGUCUGUCGUGGAGAAAACUAAGACAGAGAUACCCAGAGCGAACGAAGAUCUUGAGAACCAACUUGAAUCACAUAAAAGACACAAUGAAGAAACACUGGCUGAGAUACACAAAGAGAAACACAUUCUUGAGCAGUUAAGAAUGAACAUAUCAAGACAGAGAGAUGAUCUAGAAAAGAACAUUGAGCAAACAAGAUACAAACAAGCAGAGCUGCAAAGUCUAAAAAUGGAAAUUCAGAAAGAGCAAACGGAGAUAGAUGAGCAGAAGGUGAUGAUUUCCAUGGAGAAGAUUGGGCUUAGAGACAUUAAAAUUCAAAUAGAUCAACAGAGAAGAGAGACAGAUGAAACCAAAGAACAUAUAAGGAGGGAGAGAGAUUAUAUAGAGAGGGAAAGAGCAGAAAUAAUACAUCAAAAACUGAAUAUGGAGGUAAAUUUGAGGGAAGAAUUAAAAAAGGAGUGUGAAAAGUUAGAACUGCUUAGAAAGGAGUUGUAUGAUGAAAAUGAAAGAAUUGACAACUGCAGGAAGAGCAUAAAAACAAAUAUGGAUGCUUUGGAACAAACAAAGCUUGAUGUAGUUAAAGAGUUGGAGAUGAUCAAGCUUCAGAAACAAAUGAUCGAGGAUGAGAAAAACAAGAUAAAUGCUGAGCUAAAAAGAGAAGCUGAAGACAUAGAGAAAAUAAAAGUAGUGAUGCAAAAUGAAAGACAGAAGCUUAAGGAAGCAACAACCCAUCUUCAAAAAGAUAGAGACAAUGUUCAGAGUCUUGCAGAGAAACUUGACAAGAAAAAAGUGGCUCUAGAAAAUGCGCAACAGGAGAUAGAAAUGCAAAGGAAAGCAAAUGAGUCUAAUAAACAGAUUCAAGAAAGGGCUCUAUGUGAGCUGAAGAAAACUGUGACAGAUAUAGCAAGAGCGAAGGAAGAUCUUUAAAACCAGCUCAUUGAAGAAAGAGAAAAGAACAAGAUCACACUAGCAGAAAAAGACAUGCUUCUACCUAGAGACAGUAUUUCAGAGCAACA